AUGCCCACAGGACAGUUCAAAGAAGCAAUUCCUCAACUGAGGUGUCCUCUACCCAAGUGUGUCAAGGCACCUCUACCUCAAGAACUACCUCAUCCAUCUCCUGAUUCCACUGAACCUGAUCAUUCCUCCCCACCAUCUAGUAGACUCCGCCUGAGAAGAGAUAGAGGGGGUCCCUCUGAUGGAACUGGGACUGCCCAGAUUUUUCCUCUACAAACUGUAGGGGACCAGAUCCAGUAUUGGCCUUUUCCAGCCUCUGACUUGUAUAAUUGGAAAACUCAUAACCCCUCUUUUUCUCAGGACCCUCAGGCUUUAACUGCUUUAAUUGAGUCUAUUCUCACCCACCAACCCACCUGGGAGGAUUGUCAGCAACUCCUCCAGGCCCUUCUAACCACAGAAGAAAGACAGCGAGUCAUCCUGGAGGCCCAGAAGAACGUUCCUGGGGAGGAUGGGAGACCCACUCAACUCCCAAAUGAAAUAGAUGCAGGAUUUCCUCUGACCAGACACAACUGGGACCCUGAAACCGUGGCAGAUAGGGAGUGUCUCCGUCUUUAUCGCCAGACUCUGUUAGCGGGUCUCAAAGUGGCUGGAAGGUGCCCAACCAAUUUGGCAAAGGUACGUGCUAUAACCCAGGGAGAAAAUGAAACUCCUGCAGGAUUUUUAGAACAUCUGAUAGAGGGAUAUCGGAUGUAUACCCCUUUUGAUCCCACAGCCCAGGAGCAUCAGGCAGAUUUUAUUAUGGCCUUUAUAGGACAAUCAGCUCCUGAUAUCCCUGGUAAGCUCCAACGGCUGGAGGGCCUUCAGAGGUACUCUUUACAGGAUUUAGUAAGGGAAGCUGAGAAAAUCUACAACAAGCGAGAGACCUCAGAGGAAAGAGAGGACAGAAUUAGAAAAGAACAGGAAGCCAGAGAAGAUAAGAGAGAGAAAAAGAAAAAUAAAGAGUUGAGUCGAAUUUUGGCCACAGUAGUUCAGGAAACAGGACCAGAUAGGGACCUGGGAGACAAAAGAAGACCCCGAGUGGACAAAGAUCAAUGUGCCUACUGCAAGGAGAGAGGACAUUGGGCUCGAGAAUGCCCAAAGAAGUUGAAUAAACUCCAAAAGAAGACAACCCCAGUCCUGACCCUAGGAGACAAGGAGAGUCGGGGCCAGGAGCUCCCCCCUGAGCCCAGGGUAACUCUAAGAAUAGGGGGGCAAUUGACUACCUUCACGGUAGAUACAAGAGCUCAACACUCAGUUUUGACAACAACCAAGGGACCCAUGAGACCCAAAACAGCCUGGGUCCAAGGGGCUACUGGAGAAAAGACAUAUAGAUGGACUACAGAAAGAAAAGUGGACCUCAGUACAGGACAGGUCUCUCACUCGUUCUUACUGGUCCCAGACUGUCCAUAUCCCCUUCUUGGGAGAGAUUUACUCUCCAAGUUAGGAGCCCACAUCCACUUCACUAAAAAGGGAGCCACUGUACAAACAGCCUGGGUCCAAGGGGCUACUGGAGAAAAGACAUAUAGAUGGACUACAGAAAGAAAAGUGGACCUCAGUACAGGACAGGUCUCUCACUCGUUCUUACUGGUCCCAGACUGUCCAUAUCCCCUUCUUGGGAGCCACUGUACAAGGAAAAGAUGGAGCUCCAUUACAGGUAUUAACCCUGCGACUGGAGGAUGA